AUGAGACUUGAAGCCGGCAGGAUAACGACGGGGAAUUCUGAAAGAAUUGAAGUGAUGCAAGAAAAUUAUCAGAGAAAUGGAACACUGCAAGAACAACUGCCUAAAGUGAGAAAACAAGCUGUUGGACCUAUUGAGAUAUUUCGCUUUGCUGAUGGACUGGACGUCAUGCUCAUGAUCCUGGGAAUCCUGGCAUCAGUGGUAAAUGGAGCUUGUCUUCCUCUAAUGUCCCUGGUUUUAGGAGAAAUGAGUGAUAACCUUCUUAGUGGAUGUCUGGUCAAAACCAACACAACAAAUUAUCAGAACUGUACUGAGUCUCAAGAGAAGCUGAAUGAAGGUUUGAUUGUGUUGACCCUGUGUUAUGUUGGAAUAGGACUGGCUGCCUUGGUCUUUGGCUACAUGCAGAUUUCUUUUUGGGUUAUCACUGCAGCACGGCAGACUAAGAGAAUUCAAAAACAGUUUUUUCAUUCAGUUUUGGCACAGGACAUCAGCUGGUUUGAUGGCUGCAACGUUGGUGAACUUAACACUUGCAUGACUGAUGACAUCAGUAAAAUCACUGAUGGUAUUGGAGACAAGAUUUCCCUGCUGUUUCAAAACACGUCUACUUUUUCUGUUGGCCUAGUGAUUGGUUUGGUAAAGGGCUGGAAACUCACCGUGGUGACUCUGUCCACUUGUCCUCUUAUAAUGGCUUCAGCAGCUCUGUGUUCUAGGGUGGUCAUCUCAUUGACCAGUAAGGAAUUAAGUGCCUAUUCCAAAGCUGGGGCUGUAGCAGAAGUAUUGUCAUCGAUCCGAACAGUUGUAGCUUUUGGGGCCCAAGAGAAAGAAAUUCAAAGGUAUACACAGAAUCUAAAAGAUGCAAAGGAUGUUGGCAUAAAAAAGGCUAUAGCUUCGAAAUUGUCUCUGGGUGCUGUGUACUUCUUUAUGCAUGGAACCUAUGGACUUGCUUUUUGGUAUGGAACCUCCAUGAUUCUUAGUGGAGAACCUGGUUAUACUAUCGGGACUGUUCUCGCUGUUUUCUUUAGUGUAAUCCAUAGUAGCUAUUGCAUUGGAGCAGUAGCCCCUUACUUUGAGAUCUUCACUACGGCCCGAGGAGCUGCCUUUAACAUUUUCCAGGUUAUUGAUAAGAAACCCACUAUAGAUAACUUUUCAACAACUGGAUAUAAACCUGAAUACAUGAAAGGAACUGUGGAAUUUAAAAAUGUUUCUUUCAGUUAUCCAUCAAGACCAUCCAUCAAGAUUCUGAAUGGUCUGAAUCUCAAAAUUAACUCAGGAGAGACAGUAGCCUUGGUUGGCAGCAGUGGCAGUGGAAAGAGUACAACAGUACAGCUUCUGCAGAGGUUAUACGAUCCUGACGAUGGAUUUAUCACUGUGGACAAGAAUGAUAUCAGAGAUCUAAAUGUGCAGCAUUAUCGAGAGCAUAUUGGAGUGGUCAGCCAGGAGCCUGUUUUGUUCGGAACCACCAUUAGUAACAAUAUUAAAUUUGGACGAGAUGGCGUGACUGAUGAAGAGAUUGAGAAAGCAGCAAAGGAAGCAAAUGCUUAUGAUUUUAUAAUGGAAUUUCCCAAUAAAUUUAAUACCUUGGUAGGGGAGAAAGGAGCUCAAAUGAGUGGAGGCCAGAAACAGAGAAUCGCAAUUGCUUGAGCUUUAGUACGAAACCCCAAGAUUCUGAUCUUAGAUGAAGCUACAUCUGCCCUAGAUACAGAAAGUGAAUCAGUUGUUCAAGCUGCACUAGAGAAGGCAAGCAAAGGUCGUACUACAAUUGUGGUAGCACAUCGACUUUCCACUGUUCGAAAUGCAGAUCUCAUUGUGACCAUCAAGGAUGGGAUGGUGGCGGAAAAAGGGACACAUGUUGAACUCAUGGCAAAACGAGGUCUAUAUUAUUCACUUGCAAUGUCACAGGAUAUUAAGAAAGCUGAUGAACAGAUGGAAUCAGUGACAUAUUCUACUGAAAAAGAUAAUGGUUUGGUUCUCUCAUGCUCUAUGAAUUCCAUGAAGUCAGGCUUAAAACCAGACUUUGCUGAAAAGUUUGAGGAAUCCAUCCAAAAUAAAAAGACAAGUCUUCCUGAAGUUUCUCUAUUAAAAAUUUUUAAAUUGAACAAGAUUGAAUGGCCUUUUGUGGUUCUGGGGACAUUGGCUUCUGUUCUGAAUGGAACUGUUCAUCCAGUAUUUUCCAUAAUCUUUGCAAAAAUCAUAACUAUGUUUGGAAGUAAUGAUAAGACAACCUUAAAGCAUGAUGCAGAGAUUUAUUCCAUGAUAUUUGUCAUUUUGGGUACUGUCUGCCUUGUCAGUUAUCUCAUGCAGGGAUUGUUUUAUGGCAGAGCAGGGGAAAUAUUAACAAUAAGAUUAAGACACUUGGUAUUUAAAGCCAUGUUAUAUCAGGAUAUUUCCUGGUUUGAUGAUAAGGAAAACAACACAGGAGCCUUGACCACAAUAUUAGCUGUCAACAUAGCACAAAUUCAAGGAGCAAUAGGUUCAAGGAUUGGGGUCCUGAUGCAAAAUUCAACUAACAUGGGACUGUCAGUUAUCGUUUCCUUCAUAUAUGGAUGGGAGAUGACACUCUUGGUUCUGAGUAUAGCUCCAGUACUUGCUCUGAUAGGAAUGAUCGAAACUGCAGCAAUGACUGGAUUAGCCAACAAGGAUAAGCAAGAACUUAAGCAUGCUGGAAAGAUAGCAACUGAGGCUGUGGAAAAUAUACGUACAAUAAUGUCACUAACAAGAGAAAAAGCCUUUGAGCAAAUGUAUGAAGAGACUCUUCAAACACAACACAGAAAUGCCUUGAAGAAAGCACAGAUCUUUGGAAGCUGUUAUGCAUUCAGCCAUGCCUUUGUAUAUUUUGCCUAUGCAGCAGGGUUUCAAUUUGGAGCCUAUUUAAUUCAAUCUGGAUGAAUGACACCAGAGGGCAUGUUUGUAAUUUUUACUGCAUUUGCGUAUGGAGCUAUGGUCAUUGGAGAAACCCUUGUUUUGGCACCUGAAUAUUCCAAAGCCAAGUCUGGGGCUGCAAAUCUUUUUAAUUUGUUGGAGAAGAAACCAACUGUAGAUAGCUACAGUCAAGAAGGGAAAACUCCAGAAAUGUGUGAAGGAAGUUUAGAAUUUCGAGAAGUCUCUUUCUUCUAUCCUUGUCGCCCAGAUGUUCUUGUCCUUGGUGGCUUAUCCCUCAGUAUUGAGAAAGGGAAGACAGUAGCAUUUGUUGGGAGCAGUGGCUGUGGGAAAAGCACUUCCGUUCAACUUCUGCAGAGAUUUUAUGACCUUGUGAAAGGGCAAGUGAUCUUUGAUGGUGUGGAUGCAAAGGAAUUGAAUGUACAGUGGCUCCGUUCCCAAAUAGCAAUAGUUUCUCAGGAGCCUGUGCUCUUCAACUGUAGCAUUGCUGAGAACAUCGCCUAUGGUGAUAAUAGCCGUGUUGUGCCUUUAGAGGAGAUAAAAGAAGUAGCAAGUGCAGCAAAUAUCCAUUCUUUUAUUGAAACUCUUCCUGAGAAAUACAACACACAAGUUGGACUGAAAGGAACACAGCUUUCUGGCGGCCAGAAACAAAGACUAGCAAUUGCAAGGGCUCUUCUCCGAAAACCAAAAAUCUUAUUGUUGGAUGAAGCCACUUCAGCUCUUGAUAAUGAGACUGAAAAGGUGGUGCAGCAUGCCCUUGAUGAAGCCCGGAGAGGAAGGACAUGCAUCAUGAUCGCUCACAGGCUCUCCACAAUACAGAAUGCAGAUGUAAUAGUGGUUCUGCACAAUGGAAAAAUAAAGGAACAAGGAACUCAUCAAGAGCUCCUGAGAAAUCGAGACAUAUACUUUAAAUUAGUAAAUGCACAGUCAGUGCAGUGA